UAAUAAUACUGAUCAGCUCUGUUCAUGGACAUCGUGCUGUGUCAUUCUGGAGUGAGUAACGAAAGCAGUGUGGUGGAGGUGUGAGUGUGUAUUCGGGAUGUGAGUGAGAUGGGUGUGUGUUUGUUGGAUUUGCUGGUGUUUGGUGUUCAUCUGCUCUCCUGGAUUCCGCUGAUCGGACUGGCUGUGUUCAUCUGGCACUACACUCGCACAAACACUCAUCAUGGCAGUGCGGUAAACGAUGGAAAACAUAUUUCUGAAAAUUCUACAAAUGGUGACAUCACACAGCAUGGAGCUCCAGGACGGUUCUUCACAAUGCAGCCAGCACACGUGGACCCCACCAAGAUGGGUGUGGGGAAGGCCAUCGCUGUCCUCACCUCUGGAGGAGACGCUCAGGGUAUGAAUGCUGCCGUUAGAGCUGUGGUGAGAGUCGGCAUCUAUACCGGUGCAAAAGUCUACUUUGUACACGAGGGUUAUCAGGGUUUAGUGGAUGGAGGAGACCACAUCUGUCCAGCCACAUGGGAGAGUGUAUCCAUGAUGCUGCAGCUGGGUGGCACGGUGAUUGGAAGCGCCCGCUGUCAGGAUUUCCGUACAAAGGAGGGUCGGACCAGGGCGGCGUGUAACCUGGUGAAACUGGGCGUCACUAACCUGUGUGUGAUCGGAGGAGACGGCAGUCUGACAGGAGCGGAUCAGUUCCGCUCGGAGUGGAGCGAGCUGCUGCAGGUCCUGCUCAAAGCAGGUAAGAUCACAGGUGAAGAGGCCAAGCGUUCCUCUCACCUGAACAUCGUGGGGAUCGUGGGCUCCAUAGACAACGAUUUCUGCGGCACAGACAUGACCAUCGGAACAGACUCGGCUUUGCACAGGAUCAUGGAGGUGGUGGAUGCGAUCGCGACCACAGCACAGAGUCAUCAGAGAGCCUUCAUUCUGGAGGUGAUGGGCCGGCACUGUGGGUAUUUGGCAUUAAUAACUGCUCUGGCGAGUGGCGCUGACUGGGUUUUUAUUCCGGAGAUGCCUCCAGAGGAAGGCUGGGAGGACCACCUGUGCAGAAGAUUAGCUAAUCAAAGAAGUCUUGGUUAUCGUCUUAACGUCAUCAUCUUGGCCGAGGGAGCCACGGAUCGCUGUGGGAAGCCCAUCACCUGUGACAUAGUGAAGAAUUUGGUCACUAAGAAGCUGGGCUUUGACACCCGAGCCACUAUCCUGGGUCAUGUACAGAGAGGAGGGACUCCUUCAGCCUUCGACAGGAUCCUGGGCAGUCGGAUGGGCAUGGAGGCGAUGAUGGCGCUGCUAGAGGCCACUCCAGACACUCCGGCGUGUGUGGUCAGCCUGUCGGGGAACCAGGCAAUCAGGCUGCCCCUCAUGGAGUGUGUGCAAGUGACUAAAGACGUGACAAAAGCCAUGGCCGAGGGCAGGUUUGAAGAGGCGAUUAAGCUUCGGGGAACGAGUUUUGAGAACAACUGGAACACGUAUAAGCUGCUUGCUCACGUGAAUCCUGCUGAGGUGAAGAGUAAUAUAAACAUCGGCCUGAUGAACACUGGAGCUCCGUGUGCUGGUAUGAACGCAGCUGUACGUUCUGCAGUCAGGACCGGGAUCCUACAGGGACAUCAGAUGCUGGCUGUACACGACGGCUUCGAGGGACUCGCUUACGGAAAUAUUGAGCCUAUCACCUGGUCUACUGUUGGGGACUGGACUGGACAGGGUGGUUCUAAUUUGGGAACUAAGAGGACGUUACCAGCCAGUCUUUUGGAGGAAAUCAGUCUGAAUAUCGCUAAGUUUAAUAUCCAUGCUCUGAUUAUUAUUGGGGGAUUUGAGGCAUUUGUAGGAGGAUUAGAGAUUGUGACUGGAAGAGAGAGAUAUGAGGAACUGUGUAUUCCAAUCCUUAUUAUUCCUGCCACUGUGUCCAAUAACGUUCCAGGAUCAGAGUUCAGCAUCGGAGCUGAUACAGCUCUCAAUACUAUUACAGCUACAUGUGACAGGAUAAAGCAGUCAGCAGCUGGGACUAAGCGCAGGGUGUUCAUUAUUGAGACAAUGGGAGGAUAUUGUGGAUAUCUGGCAACCAUGGCAGGCCUUGCUGCAGGAGCUGACGCUGCUUACAUCUACGAAGAACCGUUCCGCAUCCGGGACCUAAAGAUAAAUGUUGAGCAUUUGGUGGAGAAGAUGAAGACCACAGUGAAAAGAGGCCUCAUCCUCAGGAAUGAGAAGUGUAACUCCAACUACACAACAGACUUCAUCUUUAACCUGUACUCUGAGGAGGGUCAAGGAGUGUUCGACUGCCGAAAAAACGUCUUGGGACACAUGCAGCAGGGUGGAACUCCGACACCAUUUGACAGGAACUUCGGCACUAAGAUGGGAACGAAGGCCGUGCUGUGGGUGACAGAUAAACUGAAGGAGUGUUACAGACACGGACGUAUCUUUGCCAACGCACCGGACUCAGCCUGUGUCCUGGGCCUGAAGAAGAGAUCUCUCGUGUUCCAGCCUCUGUCUGAGCUCAAGGAGAACACUGACUUUGAGCAUCGUAUCCCGAGGACUCAGUGGUGGUUAAGCCUGAGGCCCAUCCUGAAGAUUCUGGCCAAGUACAAGAUCAGCCUGGAGAUCUCUGAGAAGACCAGCAUGGAGAGCGUUAUCAAGAAGAGAGGAGUGGUGUAGACACGUCUCUGACGAUGCACACUUUCCAUCUGAAAACCACACCGUUUUUUCAUCUGCGCGUGUGUGUGUGCGCGCGUGCGUGUGUGUGUGUGCAUGCUUACCCACUUCCUACUUCUGUCCUACUUAUCUUUAUCUUUCAGUCUGUUUUUCUAGGUGAGUUAGUGUAUGUGAGUGUGUGAGUGUGUGUGAGUGUAUGUGUCUGUGAGUGUGUGUGAGUGUGUGUGAGUGUGUGAGUGUGUGUGAGUGUGAGUGUGUGUGAGUGUGUGUGUGUGGAACUUGUUACGUCAGGAGAUGUAUUGUGUGUGUGUGUGUGUGUGUGUGUGUGUGUGUGUGUGUGUGUGUGUGUGUGAGAGCGCUCUCUCUUUCUCUCUCUCUCUCCCACCCCCUGUUUUGCUCUCACAGGUUGCUCCGCCCAAAUUCGACGUGCUGCACCGGGAUUGGAGAGGAGAAGAUUGGUUGUUGAUUUAAAAGGCGUAAGAACGAUGUGUCGGGGAAUGAGGAAUCGGAUGUGUGGCGUAUCUGAUUGUGUGCAUACCUUUGAAUAGCAAAUAUUUGUGAGAUCGAUCACUUGUUGUGUUGUGAGUGAGUGGUAGAAUCUGUGUUGUCCCAUUCCCCGGUGUUGUUUUGUGUUGUGGCUGAGUGUACGCCUCCAUUGUAAAUAUCGUCAUUGUAAUUAUUACUUUUCUACUAAUCAUGAAAGCAGUAGGGACUGGGUGCCAUUUAUUUUGGGUGUAUCUUUUGUUCGCUGUGUUUACCUUAGUUAGGGAGUCAGGUAAGACUCUGUAUUUUCUUUUGAACUACACUUUUUUUGUUGGGUAAUUUAAAGUGAUACAGGGCAAGUUAGUUACGGUUCUGUUUGUUAUUUUGGCCUUGCCCAGCCCUGAAGACAUUGGCUUUCUUAGUGACUGUUUGUUUGUUUUGGAUUAUCCUUCUUUCUUUCCUGUAAUCAUUAAAUUUGUAGAUAUCAAAGAUUUGAAAGACGUGUGUCUACCUUAUUGUUAUUUUUUUGUUUAUACUUUCUUUUGUGUUACACCUCGACCCUAGACUGGGGUCGUAACAUAAAUUGGGGGCUCAUCCCACCCUGUAAAUUGGGGGCUCAUCCCACCCUGUAAAUUGGGGGCUCAUCCGACCCUGUAAAUUGGGGGCUCAUCCGACCCGUCAUAAAUUGGGGGCUCAUCUUUUGUUCCACAAAGUCAUUUGUGACACCCUUCUUGUGGCUGUAUGUAGGGUAAGUCAUUUCACUACUCUUUGCUUGGCUAUUUUCCUUGUGGUGUGGAUAAAAAGGGUAGGAUUGGAGGAUAAAUAUGGAGUUUGAUUUACUCUCCUUUACACUAUCUCCAAGCACGGAGCAGUUUGAACGUUGUCGCAAAAAUGACUUAUUUAAAAUAGCAGACUUUUUUCAAAUUAAGGUACCGCGGAAUGUAACUAAGAAAGUGGUUAAAAAUCUGCUAUAGCAGGAACUUAUUCGACAACAGAUUUUGCCUGAACUGUCUUUCGUGAUUGAUAUGGAAGAGGGAGCUGUUGCGCAGAUUAGAUCUGAUGAAAAGCCUCCUCCCCCUCCACAAAUGUCACCAGGAAUUCCUAGAUUUCCGCUAUUUGCGCCACCCAGUAGCUCGUUGAUGGUACCAAAGUGUGACCCACUAUUGGCAUUGAGAAUGAAAGAGUUGGAAUUGGAAGUUAAACGGGAGGAAAGUGAGAAAAAAGACUUCGGUUAAGGGGGUUGGAGUUUGAAUUGGAGCAGGAACGGUUUCAAAAAGCUCACAGUCGACCUCACCGGGCUCAGGGCUUGUCGGAUAGUUCCCCAGCAUCUCCUUCAUUCGCUCAAUUACCUGCAGCUCCCGUGCCUGUCUCUUCCAGUCCUGUUGUUCCACAGGUGGAAAACUUGCCAGUUUUGGAUGUCAGUAAGCAUAUUAAUUUGGUACCUAUAUUUAGAGAAGCGGAGGUAGAUAGCCAUUUUACAGCUUUUGAACGUGUGGCAGCUACAUUGCAGUGGCCAAAAGAGAUGUGGGCUCUUCUGUUGCAAUGUAAGUUAGUUGGAAAAGCACGGAAAGUUUGUUCUGUAUUGCCAGUGGAGCAGAGCCUUGUUUACAAUGUGGUGAAACAGUCUGUUCUCCGUGCUUGUGAGUUAGUCCCUGAAGCAUAUAGACAGAAAUUCAGGGCCCACAGGAAAUCAGACAAGCAAACUUUUGUGGAAUUUGCCAGAGAGAAACAAACUCUGUUUGAUAAAUGGUGUACUGCUAAUAAGACUACAACUCUUGAAGCUUUGAAAGAGCUUGUGUUAUUAGAACAUUUUAAGAACUGUCUUCCAGAAAAUUUAGACAUUCAUUUAAAUGAGAACGAGUGAUGUAUCUUUCUACAGCCGCUGUACUAGCGGAUGAAUUUAUACUAACGCAUAGGACUGUUUUUCAUCCAGUGUUGAGAAGUGAUAAGUCUACUGUUCAUGGGGUUUUCCGGCAGGGAAAAGGUUGGACUACUGUUGUCAAGUCCGGACGGGGAAAUGACAAUGGGAGUCCUAGAGCUGCUCAAAACCGCUCAGUAAACGGUAGAGUGUGUUUUUACUGUCUUCAAGCAGGUCACCUUAUUGCUGAUUGUGAAGUCUGGAGGAAGAAGAACAGUCCAGUUAAGCCUAAAAGUGUGGGUUUUGUGCAAACUGUUGGGAGUGAAAGGAUGCUUUCCUCUGAGAACUCUGUGUAUAAACCAUUCAUGCUACAGGGGUGGGUAUCAAGUGGUAGUGAUGGGGAAUGUUCGCCAGUGACAGUAUUACGAGACACAGGAGCUGCUCAGUCUUUCAUGCUCUGUAAUGUACUACACUUACCUUCUGACUCGUUCACAGGCUCUGACGUACUUUUGCGAGGGUUCUGGGGUUGGGUCUAUAAAAGUACCUCUACACAAAAUUUACCUCAAAACACACCUGAUAACGGGAGAUGUUAUGGUUGGGCUUUGUUCUCAGCUUCCUGUGGAAGGGGUUGAAGUUAUAUUGUGUAAUGACUUAGCUGGUGGUAAAGUUUUUCCCCAACCAAUUGUUGUAAGUAACUCUAUUACUGACUAGAAAACUGAUGCGUCUAUUCAAUUUCCCUCAGAAUUUCCUACCUGUGUGGUGAUGCGGGCUCAAGCUCGCAAAUUUCAUGACGUUGUGGAUCUUGCUGAUACUUUCCUACAGUCUUCUGAUGCUGAAGCUAUGAGUGGAAAAUUGUGUGCGGAUACAAAUGCUUCUCCGUCUCAAGUUACAAUACCGGAUAAUGUUCGGUUAAAAAUUGAGCGUUCGCAGUUAUGUGCUGCACAGAAAGCUGAUCCUUCAUUGAGUAGGUGUAUUACUGCAACUACAAACCAUACAAACAACCUUAAUGAUAAAGUCUCUUACUUUUGGGAGAACAAUGUUUUGAUCCUUAAGUGGGAGAAUGGCAAUAGUGUGUGCCAAAUUGUUGUUCCCACAAGUUACCGCCCCCUCAUACUAAGUCUUGCGCAUGAUCAUGUUCUUUCUGGCCAUUUGGGGAUCAGGAAAACUUAUGAUAGAGUUUUGAGGUAUUUCUUCUGGCCUGGUCUAAAGUCAGAUGUUGCUACCUAUUGUCGGUCAUGCCAUUUCUGCCAACUGACUAGUAAGCCAAACCAAAGCAUACCUCCCACUCCAUUACAUCCCAUCCAGGUCAUGAGUGAACCGUUUGAAUGCAUCACCAUUGAUUGUGUUGGACCAUUGCCAAAGUCUAAGUCGGGUCACCAGUAUAUACUUACCAUAGUGUGUGCUGCUACACGCUACCCAGAGGCUAUACCGAUGAGAAACAAUAAAGCUAAAGGUGUAAUGAAAGAGCUGAUAAAAUUCUGUGCUACUUUUGGGUUGCCAAGAAUUAUUCAGACGGAUUAAGGUUCCAAUUUGACAUCCACACUGUUCUCGCAAGUUCUGCGUGAGUUAGCAAUUAAGCACCAAUUAUCAAUCACUUAUCAUCCUGAGUCAUAAGGCAUGCUAGAACGUUUCCGCCAAACACUCAAAUCUAUGCUACGUGUAUUCUGUGUGGAAACGGGAAAAGGCUGGGAUGAUGGUUUGCCGAUGUUAAUGUUUGCUGCUCGCGAGACAGUACAGGAAUCACUGGGGUUUAGUCCGGCUGAAUUGGUUUUUGGUCACACAGUACGGGGACCCUUGAGACUGUUACGGGAACAAUUACUGAGUGAGGCCUCUGCACCAGUGUCAGUGCUUGAGUAUGUGAGUAGAGUACAUGAACACUUGCAUAAAGUGUGUGAAAUGGCAAAGACAAAUUUGACAGGAAUGCAAAAGCGAAUGAAGCAGCGAUUUGACAGACCUAGUGUUACUCGGGAUUUCCAAGUAGGAGACUCAGUUUGGUGCUGCUUCCCAUUCCUGGUUCAACAUCGCAUGCAAGGUUUUCUGGACCCUACAUGAUGUUCUUCGUACCCCAGACCGUAGUAAGAAAACCUGUGUAUGUUGCCUCAAUUUGACUUUUAUGGGUUGAUGGUUAAGGUGGUCGAAAUGAAUUUGACUUUAAUGGGUGGGGGUGUUACGUCAGGAGACAUAUUGCGUGUGUGUGUGUGUGAGAGCGCUCUCUCUUUCUCUCUCUCUCUCCCACCCCCUGUUUUGCUCUCACAGGUUGCUCCGCCCAAAUUCGACGUGCUGCACCGGGAUUGGAGAGGAGAAGAUUGGUUGUUGAUUUAAAAGGCGUAAGAACGAUGUGUCGGGGAAUGAGGAAUCGGAUGUGUGGCGUAUCUGAUUGUGUGCAUACCUUUGAAUAGCAAAUAUUUGUGAGAUCGGUCACUUGUUGUGUUGUGAGUGAGUGGUAGAAUCUGUGUUGUCCCAUUCCCCGGUGUUGUUUUGUGUUGUGGCUGAGUGUACGCCUCCAUUGUAAAUAUCGUCAUUGUAAUUAUUACUUUUCUACUAAUCAUGAAAGCAGUAGGGACUGGGUGCCAUUUAUUUUGGGUGUAUCUUUUGUUCGCUGUGUUUACCUUAGUUAGGGAGUCAGGUAAGACUCUGUAUUUUCUUUUGAACUACACUUUUUUUGUUGGGUAAUUUAAAGUGAUACAGGGCAAGUUAGUUACGGUACAGUUUGUUAUUUUGGCCUUGCCCAGCCCUGAAGACAUUGGCUUUCUUAGUGACUGUUUGUUUGUUUUGGAUUAUCCUUCUUUCUUUCCUGUAAUCAUUAAAUUUGUAGAUAUCAAAGA